AUGGCAUCUACUCUACAGAUUAAAAGUAUAGAAGAUGUUAUUAUACGAUCUUUAAAUGACGACGAAUUAAAGGAGUUUAACAGAAUUCAUUAUGGUAGAAUAGAUCAUUGUAAUAUUUCUUUAACGGAAUCCAGUGUAAGAGCAGCUUCUGCAAAUAAUUUCGAAAUCGCUGCCUUUGAUUUUCCAGCUCUUAUAGAAGAAACUAGGCCUCCUCGUAUUGUUCGAGUUGGUGUGAUACAGCAUUCCAUUGCAAGUUCCACUUCUAAACCAAUAAAAGAACAAAGGGAAUCUAUAUUUAAUAAAGUUUCAAAACUGAUAGAUGCAGCUGCGACAGAGGGUGUUAAUAUCUUAUGUUUACAAGAAGCAUGGAGCAUGCCUUUUGCAUUUUGUACUAGAGAGAAGACCCCAUGGUGUGAGUUUGCCGAAAAUGUAAACACUGGACCAAGUACAAACUUUCUAAUAGCAUUGGCUAAGAAGUAUGGCAUGGUAAUUAUAUCACCAAUUUUAGAGAGGGAUGAACUGCAUGGAGAUCUUAUUUGGAAUACUGCCGUUGUUAUUAAUGAAAAGGGAAAGGUGAUCGGUAGCCAUAGAAAGAACCAUAUACCACGAGUGGGUGACUUCAAUGAAUCAACAUACUAUUACGAAGGCAACACAGGACAUCCUGUAUUUGAAACUAAGUUUGGAAAAGUUGCUAUCAAUAUUUGUUAUGGACGACACCAUCCUCUGAACUGGCUGAUGUUUGGGCUCAAUGGGGCUGAAAUAGUUUUCAACCCUUCAGCCACAGUUGCAGGUCUUAGUGAACACUUGUGGGGCAUUGAAGCAAGAAAUGCUGCUAUAGCCAAUAGUUACUUUACAUGUGCUAUUAAUAGAGUAGGGACAGAAGUCUUCCCAAAUGAAUUCACUUCUGGUGAUGGAAAACCAGCCCACAAUAAUUUUGGUCACUUCUAUGGAUCCAGCUAUGUAGCAGCUCCUGAUGGUACCAGAACUCCUGGUUUAUCCAGAACUAUGGAUGGUUUAUUGAUUGCACAAAUUGAUUUAAAUAUGUGUCGUCAAAUCAAGGAUAAAUGGGGAUUUGCUAUGACACAGAGAUUAGACAUGUACGCUAAAAGUUUAAGUGAAUAUGUGGGGGGCAAGGAAGCACAGCUAAUUAAAGAUAAAUAA